GAGCAGGCAAAACACUGGGUUUUGUCGACGGACUCGUCCGAGUCCGAGUCCGAGCCCUAUCUAAGCAUCUGACCAGUUUCAGCACAACUGAUUGGAUAUAUCCACACUAUAAAGCCUUGGAAGCAGCCAAACCUGGCGUGGCCUUGGUCUUUCUUUCCCCCGUACACAAGCAAAACGGAACGCACCAACAGCACUUGGCGUUUCAGAGAGAGAAACAGAGAUUUUGAAAGCCUGCCCUCCCUGAUCUCGCAAAACUAGGCAAGGGGAAUUCAAAAUUCAGAGAGAGAUGGGGAGAAAUGGCGUGAUUGUUUGGGUGUUGGCAAUGUCGAUGAUGGUAUGCAAUCUUCUACCAGUGGGCGAGGCCAUAUGGCUGAACCUUCCGGCCACGGGGACCAAGUGCGUGUCAGAGGAAAUCCAGAAUAAUGUCGUCGUUUUAGCCGAUUACGUCGUCAUCACCGAUCCCCACACCCACCUUGCCCCCGCAAUCUCUGUCAAGGUGACAUCACCGUAUGGAAAUAAUCUUCAUGGUAGUGAGAAUGUGACUCAUGGUCAAUUUGCAUUUACAACACAUGAAGCUGGCAACUACCUGGCUUGUUUUUGGGCAGAGUCCCAUAAUCAGGGAAGUGCAGAAAUAAGUGUUAACAUUGACUGGAAGAUUGGAGUUGCUGCAAAGGAUUGGGAAUCAGUUGCAAGAAAAGAGAAGAUUGAGGGUGUUGAGCUCGAGCUGAGGAAACUUGAAGGAGCAGUGGAGGCCAUCCAUGAAAAUCUACUUUAUCUUAAGACCAGAGAGGCUGAGAUGAGGACAGUGAGCGAGAGAACAAAUUCUAGAGUGGCAUGGUUUAGCAUCAUGUCAUUGGCUGUCUGCAUCGUUGUUUCAGCUUUGCAGUUAUGGCAUUUGAAGCGAUUCUUCCAAAAGAAGAAGCUUAUCUAGACUGUUGAUUUAAUCAUUCAUCUUUCCGAAAGAAGAAAAAAAAAUCUUUUAUUUAUUUCCCUUUUAUAUCUAGGAAAGAAAAUUUUGAUGGUAUUAGCAGAAUAUCCAGCUUUUUAUUAUCAUACUUUUUUUUUUUUAAUUUACCAGUCCUAAAUCUGCAAGAAUCAAUGGAACGUCCUUGGUCA